AUGCAUAAAAAUGAUACCAUUUGGACUGCAAUACGUAAAGCAGAUAAACAGGCUUUAAAGCAAAUUAUUAAUGUCAAUCCCGAUGUUAUCAAUAUUAGAGGUCCCGUAGGUGAAUGUCCUAUUCAUAUGCUAUUUUUAUAUGGAACAGAAGCUCAUUUAGAUAUAGCUCGAUAUUUAAUCACACAGUUUCCACAUAUUGUGACACAAAUUUAUAAUCAAUCAAUAGACAGCAAUGGAAAUACUAUUUUACACAUGCUUGUCAUCCAUAAUUUACCCGAAAUUUAUACAAAAUUUAAGGAGCGGUGGUUAAGAGAUAAAAAUCUAACGGAAUCAUUCGAUACAUAUGAUACAAAUAUGACAGAAAUUUCGAAUAAACAAGAAGUUCUACUAUGGAAUCGUAUGAAUAAAGAUGGUCUCACACCAAUGACUCUAGCCGCUAAAUUGGGUCGUGCUAAAAUGUUGUCAUUUUUACUUGAUGAACGUAAAAUUCUCUUAUGGGCGUAUGGAGAUAUUUCUUGUUUACUUCAUCCUCUCGAUCAACUUGAUCUCGAUUUGAUAGAAAAGGUAAAUAUAUUCGAAGUAGUUUCGAUCUCCUAUUUAUUAUUUAAUCAUAUAUAUAUAUAUUAAGAACAAGAAGAAACAGUUCAGUGUUCUCGAAAUGAUUCUCAAGAAUAAUCACGUUGAAUUGAUGCAUCCAUUUAUUAUAUCUCUAAUCGACAAAAAAUGGGAACAAUUUGGAUAUCGAAUAUUAAUACGACGAUUUAUAGUCACCUUCAUUUAUCUACUCAUUUUUCUUGCUACAACAAUUCUAGCACAGACACGAAUAGAAAUGGUGACUCAGUUCAAUUCUACAUUAGUUGUAGUUAUGCAAUAUAUUUGUUUCAUUUGUUUUUUCUAGACAGAGGAUCAAUAUAAUAAGACAGCGACGAUUGGUGUCAAAUAUUUGACUGUUAGCUAUCCAUGGAUUUGUAAUAUUGGGCGUGUCAUUGUCCUGGCAGGAGCGUUGUGGAAAGGUGGACUGGAAAUAAAAGAAAUGUCGAGUAUCGGAUUAUACGAUUAUUUACAAGAUAGUGUUAGUCUUUUUUUUUUAUUACUUCAUCGUACUCUGAAUAGCUAAUAAAAUUUAUAGGGAUCGAUUUUUCUGGAAAAUUUGUUGGCAUGUUCAUUUUCAAUUUGUAUUAUUAUUGUUACUAUUCUUUACCUAUUCGAAAUCAAAACUCAAGCCAUCGUUCUUGCAUGUGCCUCACUCAUUGGUUGGGGAUACAUGCUAUUUUUUAUCAUGCCGUUUCGAGUCACUGGUCCAUUUGUUGUGAUGAUUUAUAAAAUGUUAUUGAAUGAUGUCCUCCGAUUUUUUAUUAUCUAUAUUAUUUUUCUUGCUGGUUUUUCGCAAGCAUUUUUCAUUCUAUUCAAUCAUAAUGGUACACUGAAUGAAUCUAACAUAAUAAAACCUAAAGAAGAUAAUCAUAAGUUUUUAUUUGAUAUGAUAUAUUUCUUUUUUUUUCUAGGCUUUCAAGGUUACAUUUUGAAUGUGAAACAAUGUUUUCUGGGUCUUUUGAGCCAGUUUGAUUUUGGUCAUUACGUUGAAACAGCAUUUCCAUUUGCCAGUGUUUCAUUGUUUAUUUUCUAUGUUAUUGUUGUUACCGUUCUCUUGCUUAAUCUACUGAUUGCUAUGAUGGGUGACACAUACAGAAACGUAAUCAAAAGUGCAACAAAACUCUGGUUCAUUAAAUUUUUUUCUCGAUUUUUAUUAACACUAUCAUUGGUUUCUUGAAAAUAGGCAUUUAGAACGAGCACGUAUUGUUCUUGCAUUUGAAAAAGAAAUGUCGACCUAUGAACGGCGAUUAGAGACGAACAAAUAUUGGAUUGACAUCAAUGAUAAUCGUUAUUUGCUCGUCGAACAAAUCAACAAUGAUCGACUUCAUGAUGAAAACAAAAAUGAAGACGAUGAGUAGUACAAUAACCAACAUUUUAAAAUGAAUGUUCACUUAACGUCAUUCAAAUCUUCUAAACAUUACUAAACACUAUAUCUAUAAGCAACAAAAAUAAAACGACAUAUCGAAUUUCCGUGUAUCUAAACCUUUUUUUAAAAUAAAGCUGUCAAAUGUGACAAAUGUUUUACAAUAUAUUUGUUUUCCACUCAUCUAAAUUGAGAUAUAGUAAAUGAUAGUAAACUUUUUCUUAGUAGAAAUAGCACUUGAUUCUCCAUAAGAUACUAAUAACUUUCAUUUAAAACAACAACAAAGAAAAUUUUCUCUAGGCUAUUUUCUGAGAGUCAGUGCAUAUUAAGUAUAUUUACCCAUGCGUUGGCUCCUGUGUCUGAACCACUUUUCACUUAUGAUUUGAUUCUCCAUUACAUAGUCUUUCAGCAGAUUUUGCCAGGGUCUGAUCCUAAACUAUGAUGUUGGGACAGAAGUUUAGGUCAUUUCAAGCUACUAGAAUAAAACGAUUCUUUUGAUAAUAUUCAAAUUUUAUAUUGUAAGCUGAUUCAUUUUACUGAAUUCUAUUUGUGUUUCAAUGACAAUCAAAAAGACAAUUUUUCAUGAAUCUUGGCAAAAGAAGAAUUUAUCUACUUAUUAAUCAUAUAUUUCUAAAGAUUCCUUUACAUUGAUAUAACAAAUUACUAAAAUUGGAUACAAAGUACACUAGAAAUAUUGUUAAACGAGAGAAUACAUUCAUAGAAGGAGUUUCUUUUCUAUUUGUUUUAAACCAAGAUCAAUAGUAUUUUGUAGAAAGACAAAUACUGAAUCUUCUGACAAAUAGAAUCCAGUGAAGAAAUUAUCAUAUACAAUUUUGGAUUUUUAAGGAAACCUAUGUAAAGAUAUAAUAAUAGCAGUAAUUAAGAUAUUCAAAAAUAUCAGAAGAUAAUAUUAAGUUUUGUGACGGUCAUCAUGAAAAGGUAUCAAAAAUAAUGAUUCCAAUUUAUUUUACAACGGUUUUAUACAAUAGGUGAUUCCAUAUCUUCCCAUCCCGUACCGGUAACUAGAACUACCCUUUGUAGAACGAUAUCAGGAACUAAAAGAAGCAUAAGAUUUGAAAAAGAUGCAUAAAUUUUUGUAGUGAGUUUCAGGAACUUCGGUUUGUAAAAAAAAGUCUAUUUUCGUUGCUCAAUCUUUGCACUGUCGAGCCUACACCAUCUAUAAUUUUUUACAAGAUGAAAAAAAAUACGAGUUGUUUAAAAACACAUUAUUCUCUAGUUACAUUCGAUGAAAAUCUUUCGCAAUUUCUGUUAAAUUCAUGGCAAUAUCUACUAGUAAUUUAGAUACGCUUUGAAUGCUUCACGAUAUAUUGACCAAGUGCACGCAUUAAAUUGCAUGAUUCACUAUGGAGUCACUAAUAUGAAGCAACUUUAGGACAAUCGAGAAAAAUCGUAAUAUAUCUGUUAUAAAUCUCAGCUUCUAAUAAAUUAGAAUAGUAUUUAUUAUAUGAUUUAAAAACCCUCAAAAGUUACAGAAGGACUCGAAAUAACCUAAAUUCCUAUUUCAGAGGACGUACUGAAACAGAAACACAUGUUUUCUUUGAAGUAUUCAUUUUUAUUAGUUUACUCCUCUCAUUUCUAUUACUUCAAUAAGAUGGAAUAGAAUAUCUAUUUCUUACAUGCGACAGUGUGAUCAAAGAAAGAAAAGAGAUUUGUAUGUCGUUUCAUCCUCUUACUUCAUAAAGCAGUCAAUGAGCGAAUUGUAGGACCUUGUACGAAAAUAUAGAGGGUGUAAGUAUAAAUUUGAAUGUAUGAAUGCAGGCUAGCAGAAGAAUUACUCUCAAACGUACAACUUGUCUGGAUAGCAAGUUAGAGAUUAUCGAAAGAAGAACAUUUUGUAUUCUAUCAUGAUGAUUUCGGAGUUUUCUACAUGACAACUAUUUCGAAUCUUUUUAUCUUGUAUAUCUCAUUCCUUAUAUCAGCAUUAAUAUCAUUCGUCUUGUCAAAGAAACAAAAUUGUAGGCUGUUUCGAAUGAUCCAUAAACAGGUAAUUGUCUAACAUUUUGAUGUUAACGCCCACGAAAAAAAAAUUUAUAAAAGUUGGCGUUUGAACACCAACUUUUAGAAAAAAAAACGCUAUUUUUGCGUUUAAAUGCAUCCUGUUCUAUUUUCAACGCGUUGAGACGCAUUCUUCUCAAUUCACAACGCGUUGAAACGCAUCGUUUUUAUUUGCAACGCGUUUUUUCAACUUAAAACGUCAACUGAAAACAACGUUUGAACGCGUGAUAAGAAAACGCAUUUUUCUUCCCAACGAACGCUAUCAAAAACAUCAUUCGAACGCGUUUAAUAUUAUGCAUUCGAACGAGGUUUUUUUUGACAUGUAUUUAAAUACAUUUUAUAAGUAAAAAACGGUAUCUACUUAAAAAAACGCGCUAAAACGCGUUUCUUUUGCUGCAUGUGUCUUGAAAAAUUCGUUUUUUAUAAACGUGUUGAAACGCUAUCUUUUUAAUGCGUUUUUCCUAGAGAAGACGGAUAUUCUAGA